UGCGCGCUCCGGACAUGCGCAGUGGCCUCCCGCGGCGGGGCCGGCGGCAGCGGCAGUGUCGAGACUCUGCCGGAAGGUCCUGGUGUUUGAGCUGUAGGCUCUUAGCUCCUGGGUCAUGUCGGCCCAGGGAGACUGCGAGUUCCUGGUGAAGCGAGCCCGGGCGCUGGUGCCCCAGGACCUGUGGGCAGCUAAGGCCUGGCUGAUCACGGCUCGCAGCCUUUACCCGGCCGACUUCAACAUCCAGCAUGAGAUGUACACCAUCGAGUGCAAUGCAGAGAGGACGGCCACCGCGGGAAGGCUGCUGUAUGACAUGUUUGUGAAUUUCCCAGACCAGCCAGAGGUAUGGAGAGAAAUCAGCAUUAUUACAUCAGCGUUAAGAAAUGAUUCACAGGAUAAACAAACCCAAUUUUUUAGAAGUUUAUUUGAGACUCUUCCGGGUCGGGUCCAGUGUGAAAUGUUACUAAAGGUCACAGAACAAUGUUUCAGGACAUUGGAACGAUCAGAAAUGCUGCUGCUGCUGCUGAGGCGGUUUCCUGAGACGGUGGUGCAGCAUGGGGUUGGCCUUGGGGAGGCACUGUUAGAAGCUGAAACCAUUGAAGAACAAGAAUCUCCUGUUAACUGCUUUAGAAAAUUAUUUGUUUGUGAUGUCCUUCCUCUAAUAAUCAACAACCAUGAUGUUCGAUUGCCUGCCAAUUUGUUAUACAAAUACUUGAACAAAGCAGCUGAAUUUUAUAUCAACUAUGUCACUAGGUCUACUCAAAUAGAAAGUCAGCAUCAAGGUGCCCAAGAUACAUCUGAUUUAAUGUCGCCUAGCAAACGUAGCUCUCAGAAGUACAUAAAAGAAGGGCUUACUGAAAAAUCAUCCCAGAUUGUGGACCCCUGGGAGAGAUUGUUUAAGAUCUUGAAUGUUGUUGGAAUGCGAUGUGAGUGGCAGAUGGAUAAAGGAAGACGAAGCUAUGGUGAUAUAUUGCAUAGAAUGAAGGACCUCUGCAGAUACAUGAACAACUUUGAUAAUGAAGCUCACGCCAAGUAUAAAAACCAAGUAGUGUAUUCCACUAUGCUGGUCUUCUUUAAGAAUGCAUUCCAGUAUGUCAACAGCAUACAGCCAUCUCUCUUCCAAGGUCCUAAUGCCCCAAACCAAGUUCCCCUGGUCCUUCUUGAAGAUGUGUCAAACGUAUAUGGUGACGUAGAAAUUGACCGUAAUAAACACAUACAUAAAAAGAGGAAAUUAGCUGAAGGGAGAGAAAAACCCAUGAGUUCAGAUGAUGAAGAAUGUUCCGCAAAAGGAAGAAAUCGCCACAUUGUAGUCAAUAAAGCAGAGCUCACUAACUCCAUUGAAGUGUUAGAAAGCUUUAAGUUGGCCAGGGAGAGCUGGGAGUUGCUCUAUUCCCUAGAAUUCCUUGACAAAGAGUUUACAAGAAUUUGUGUGGCAUGGAAGACGGACACUUGGCUGUGGUUAAGAAUCUUCCUCGCCGAUAUGGUCAUCUACCAGGGUCAAUACAAAAAGGCCAUAGCCAGCCUGCAUCAUUUAGCAGCUCUCCAGGGAUCACUUUCUCAGCCACAGAUCAUGGGACAGGGGACUUUGGAGCACCAGCGGGCACUCAUCCAACUGGCAACCUGUCACUUUGCUCUUGGGGAGUACAGAAUGACAUGUGAGAAAGUCCUUGAUCUGAUGUGCUACAUGGUUCUCCCCAUUCAAGAUGGAGGCACAUCACAGGAAGAACCUUCAAAAGUGAAGCCAAAAUUUAGAAAAGGUUCGGAUCUGAAGCUUCUGCCCUGUACCAGUAAGGCCAUCAUGCCAUACUGCCUGCAUUUGAUGUUAGCCUGCUUUAAGCUUAGAGCUUUCACAGACAACAGGGACGACAUGGCACUGGGGCAUGUGAUCGUAUUGCUUCAGCAGGAGUGGCCACGGGGAGAGAAUCUUUUCCUGAAAGCUAUCAAUAAGAUUUGCCAGCAAGGAAAUUUCCAAUAUGAGAACUUUUUUAAUUACGUUACUAAUAUUGAUAUGCUGGAGGAAUUUGCAUACUUAAGAACUCAGGAAGGAGGGAAGAUCCAUCUGGAGUUACUCCCCAAUCAAGGAAUGCUGAUCAAGCACCACACGGUCACUCGGGGCAUCACCAAAGGCGUGAAGGAGGACUUCCGCCUGGCCAUGGAACGCCAGGUCUCCCGCUGUGGUGAGAAUCUGAUGGUGGUGCUGCACAGAUUCUGCAUUAAUGAGAAGAUCUUGCUCCUCCAGACUCUGGCCUGACUAUAGACCUCUGUGCCACAGGCAGGUGUCAGCUGUGUGAUUCUGAGGGAGGACACAGCAGCCAUGAGUGUUGCUGUUCCAUUUCUCAGGAGGAAGGAAAACACCAGGGUUCUAACUCCUUGGUUGCUUAAAAGUAGUUCCCAAGAGUGUGAGAAGCUAUUUCUAUUUUUAAGAGUCCUUUCUGGCAAUUUUUGUAAAAGGAAAGUCUGUUUUGUAAAUAAAAAUUGUUUUAAAAUU